UUCCUGGUUCAUGGUGACAACGCCUCUCCAGUAUUACAGAGCUGGUUCCUGUGACGUUGAAGGCCACUUAUCCAGGAUCAUUGCUCACUGUCACUAGAAACCAAGUCUGAACCCAAAAGGCAUUGAAACAUUGUCACCACAUGCGCAUUCUGUAUCCAUUGCAUGCGUAUGGCCAAUCAGAAGAGACCUCGCGUACUUGACCCGGUCAUCCCAGUUGGAUGUGCGAACGCCAUGCAGAAAAGAAAGAAGAAGGGGACCCCACGAUCCAAUACCGGCUGUUCAACAUGCAGGUAUGUUUGUUGGCCAUCCCAUAUGAAUAUUCGGCUUCAUCCUUAGUCACUGAUUACUUUACUUUGCGCCAGGACCAGGAGGUUGAAAUGCGGUGAGGAGCGACCGAGAUGCAAUAGGUGUGCUCGAGCUGGCCUUCAAUGUGGCGGCUACGAACAUGUCAAAUCUGAUAAUUCACAUGGGUUCCACAUAUUUGCCCUACGGCCAAACGAUCCUCCAACCGAAUCGGUGCCCACGAACGCCCAUAGAAGAAUACAAAAGGCGAUAGGGGAUCGCUUCCUAACAAGUCGGGUUAGAAACCAACCAGUGUGUAAAAUAUGUUGGUAAAUGAUCCAUGAAACCAUCUUUUCUCAUAUUAAAAAAGGCUAACCCCUGAAAAGGCAGCAUGUAAGUUCGAGAGCUUCAGGUGCUUUCAUCGAGCUUGAUUCAGCAUCGAAGUGUUGGAGGUGUGGACGCUACAGUCUUUCCUCAAAAUCUCCAAGUCCUACGGAAAUCAUUCCAUUUCGACUCCCUGGAAAUGACACCGAGAGAGAAAUCUUCCAUCACUUCAUUGUCGAGACCAUCCCAGAUUGCAGCGCAUAUACAAGCACCGUUUUCUGGAAUGAUAUAGUGCUCCCCCAUUGCCACGAAGAGGAUGUAGCGCGUUCUUGUACUUUGGCUCUGGGUGCUGUUCAUCGAGAGGUUGCUAUACGUGCCCAGGAUCCUCAGGGAUAUGUGCCGAACCAAAGCUAUAUGCUGCAAUACAAUAAAGCACUUACACUCGUCCAGAAAUAUCUGGCCAAAGAACCAAAUCCAUGCAUGGAGACUGUCAUGUCCUGCUGUUCCCUCUUCUAUGCCAUUGAAAUUGCCCGAGGGGACUACGCAGCAGCUCAUCGGCAUGCAAGAGCAGGGGUUGCAAUUCUCCAGGAAUGGCAUCAAAGGGCCAAGAAGCAAUCGAGCUCAAAUAAGAAUUUUCGCCAACUCGACGAAGUACAGAGACUCAUGGAAGACUUCGCUGGAUUGGAUGUGUCGAUGAGUUUCAGCACCAAUUUUACCGAGGGACAUUUUGUCUUGACGACAGCCGAAGAACGAGCCGGUGAGGUCCCACUGUGGCCAAUAACAUACAGUGGAGUGGAUGAGGCCUGGGUGAAAUGCAAUAAGUUGAUGAAUUGGGGGUGUCAUUUGCUUGGCACUUUGUUGAGAUCUCAAGCCAGGUCCAUAAAUGAGCUUCCUCCAAAUUUGUUCAUUGAGAUGCAAAUUUUGCGCGAUGAAGUGGUUCGCUGCAAUCCUCUAUUCUUGUCUACAAUAGAGAUGGAAAACUCAAGGGCGGCCGCGUCUAGUACUGCGACUGGGUGUGUGUCAAGGGCAUAUAUCCUGAACAUCUCAUUCCAGUCCUUCGAGCUAGUCUUUCGAACGUCCAUCUCUGGCUUUCUUCCUGGCAUGUCUGAUGCCGAUAUGUGCAAACAGUCGGAGAGCAUCAUAGCCAUGGUUUCGGUUAUGACGAAUGGUUUGGAGUCAGGGAAAAAUGUCAUUUUGAAAAUGACACCGUUUCUGUUCUUGGAGACUGCUGUUGGAGCUCUUAGUCUUGUUCGUAUGGUGUGCAAAGAUGAGGUGGUGCGCCAAAAGGCUCUUGGGCUGUUGGAUAUAUGGUCGGCCAGGGGAAGUGAUCUAAUUGGAGAGGGAACCGAUGCUGUGAUCGAAGCGGCAAAGGAGGUUACAAGGCCUGAAACGUUUGGAGGUAGAGCAUCGUCGAGCCUUCCAAAGACGCAGAGCAUUGAUGAAGAUUCUGCGGAGAUCUUUCAGCAAGAUACAGGAAACAUACCUACCCAGUAUUUGAAAAUUCUAUAGGUAUUGAAUGGUGAUGUGGGGAGCUUGAAUAACGAGAAGGGAGCCUCCAGGAUGUUUCCGUAUGAUCCCUCAGGUUUUCACAACACCGAAGAAAAAGCUACAACUCAAACCAUGACUAGUGAGCGCGUAUCACCAAUUUCACCAGCAGUGUGGGGGGUGUCACAAUAGCGGCCGGUGCCAAAUCCUUCGCUCUCAGCCACGAUUUGUAUACUGGCCAACGAUCAAAUGGAAACGCUGCUCAUGUUCCCGCAAUGGUGAUCGUCUUGAAGCAGGAUGUGGUCUAG